CAAAAUACACUCGGUCUCUGUGACAAACCGUCCGGGACACUUCUGACAUUUAAAUUUGAGCUGGGUCAUAACCAUAGAGAAAAAUAAGCGAUUCCCCGCCGGAUCCAGAUUUUAGAGCUGCCUAUAUUUCAAUACUGCGCGGAAGAGUAUUCCUUCCCUAUUCUCUAUGAUAAUCGCCAACUUUACACGUAUUGAAGAUGUUAUAGCAGUUAGAUCACAUAGAUAUACAUGUAUGACUACAAAUAAAAGGAGAAACCGGGAGAAAGAGCGGGUCACCUUAAUCCUGCGAUUUUCUAGAAGCUUUCGGAUCCUCCACAUUUCACAUUCACGUGUCUAUUCUAUUUCAUUCAUCAUCUUUCCAGCCCUAUAUUGCAAUUUGCACGGACAGUUUCUGUGUUUAUUUUCUGUUUUUACAAAUUUCUGUUCGACUUUAGGGUGAAAAUCGACCAGAUUCUCGGUUUCUUGCAUAAAGUUUUCUGCUUUAAGAAUUGCCUUUAACCCUUUCAUGCACUCCAUAAAACAUAGCCUUUAAGUCAUUGUGAUAUUGCCAUAUUGGACGGUGUGAUUGGGAAAGAUUGGUGUGUUGUCAUUAUUUAGAUCUCUGGAGGGAUUGGAAUGGACAUCCCGGAGACGUAGUAAAUAGAAAGCACGCUAAUGACAUUGGAAAUCAGGAAAAGAUAUAAUACACAAAUUGGUUAGGGUGGUUUGGAUUUUCUGUGAGAAAGUUCAUUCAUUUCGUUGGAGAAAAGGGGAAAAGAAAUGACUUUAGGGCUGUCUUCUUUGUUCUCCAAGACGGAAUUGCUCACGUCUGACCAUGGUUCGGUUGUGUCAAUGAACCUCUUUGUCGCGCUGCUUUGCGCAUGCAUUGUUCUUGGACAUCUACUAGAGGAGAACCGUUGGGUGAACGAGUCCAUUACUGCACUUAUACUUGGUUUAUGCACAGGAGUUGUUAUUUUACUCCUUAGCGGGGGAAAGAGUUCCCAUCUUUUUGUCUUUAGUGAAGAUCUUUUCUUCAUAUAUCUCCUUCCGCCAAUAAUAUUCAAUGCUGGGUUUCAGGUGAAGAAGAAGCAAUUUUUCGUGAACUUCAUGACUAUAAUGCUGUUUGGAGCUGUUGGUACACUGAUUUCAUGUGCUAUUAUAUCAGUUGGUGCUGUCGAGAUAUUCAAGAAAUUGAAAAUUGACUUUCUGGAUUUUGGAGAUUAUUUAGCAAUUGGUGCAAUAUUUGCUGCAACCGAUUCUGUUUGUACAUUGCAGGUGCUCAGUCAAGAUGAGACACCCCUACUUUACAGUCUUGUGUUUGGAGAGGGAGUUGUCAAUGAUGCUACAUCAGUGGUGCUUUUCAAUGCUAUUGAAAGUUUUGACAUGUCAAGUUUUGAUCCCAAGAUUGGGCUUCAUUUUCUUGGAAACUUCUUAUAUUUAUUUCUCAUGAGCACUUCUCUGGGUGUGGCAACUGGACUGCUCAGUGCUUAUAUUAUCAAAAAGCUAUACUUUGGGAGGCACUCUACGGAUCGUGAGGUUGCCCUUAUGAUUCUCAUGGCUUACUUGUCCUAUAUUAUGGCUGAGUUAUUUUAUCUCAGUGGCAUACUUACAGUAUUCUUCUGUGGAAUUGUCAUGUCCCAUUAUACCUGGCACAAUGUGACUGAGAGUUCAAGGAUCACUACUAAGCAUUCCUUCGCAACUCUAUCAUUUGUCGCCGAGACAUUUAUCUUUCUCUAUGUUGGUAUGGAUGCCUUAGAUAUUGAGAAGUGGAAGUUUGUCAGUGAUAGCCCUGGACUCUCGGUUGCAGUUAGCUCAAUAUUGGUAGGACUUAUCCUAGUAGGCAGAGCUGCCUUUGUCUUUCCCCUAUCGUUUUUAUCCAACUUAGCAAAGAAAAAUACUUCUGACAAGAUAUCCUUCAGGCAGCAAAUAAUAAUUUGGUGGGCUGGUCUAAUGAGAGGUGCUGUCUCAAUAGCACUUGCGUAUAAUAAGUUUACAAGUAAAGGGCACACACAAGUGCAAGAGAAUGCAAUAAUGAUUACCAGUACUGUUACUGUUGUUCUAUUCAGCACAAUGGUAUUUGGCUUUAUGACAAAACCUCUUAUAAGUCUGUUGCUACCUUUACACAAGCAGUCAACUAGUGCUUUCUCAUCAAUGACAACAUCUGAAUCUGGUACUCCGAGGGACUUCACUGUUCCACUUCUUGACAACCUACACGAUUCAGAAAACAGUCUAAAUGACACAUCCGCGGAUGUUCCUCGACCUACUGCCUUACGCAUGCUUCUAAGCACACCGACUCAUACUGUGCAUCGCUAUUGGCGUAAGUUUGAUGAUUCGUUUAUGCGGCCUGUUUUUGGUGGGAGGGGAUUUGUUCCCUUUGUUCCAGGCUCACCAACUGAGGGGGGUGUGAGCCCUAGUUGAGGUACAAAUGCAAGAAGUUUAAAGAAAAUGCAACACUAUAUGAAAAGGACAUCUUAUCAAGAAAGGGUAGUCAACUAGUCAAGCUCACAAUUUUAAGACGGCUGGCGAUUAGCAUUUGCAUCCCUAAGUUGUUAAUAUCUGGGUGAAAUUGUGAAUUUUCUUACUGUCAUAGUUGAGCCUGACUGCCCCAUUUAGGGUUGAUGUAAGUUAUAGGCCUCAAGAACUCAACCCCAGAGAAUGUUCUGUCCAAAGGUCAGUGAUUCUCAAUAAAGUUAUUCUGUAAUUGUGUAUAUGUGCUGGUGCAUUUUUAGGCAUCGUAUAUGACCUUUAUCUUCAACAUUAUCCCUCCAAACUCCAAAGGAUGGGUUCUUCUCCGCAUUGAGGAAGCCAUGUGCACCCUGCAUGUCAUGAAGGGUUCUACUCCAAAAAUAAGGUCAAGUCGGGUUUGUUUAUAUUUAUCUAAUCCUUAAAUAUGUCCCUCAGUUGAUCUUUUCGGUCUCUUCUUUUGUGCUCUUUGAUUGAAAUGAUGAAAUAAAAAAGAUCCAAACU